AUGGCGCAUCGCUGCGUUGAUGCAAAUCAAUACAUCUUCAGAGACCUUGUUUCUUCUACGGGGCGAUGUAAUGAAGAUCUCUACCGGAACCUCUCCAUAUCAUUUGGGGUCAUCAUCUGUCUUCUUGUCGUUAUUUUUGCAAUCUUCAUUUUCAUCUGUCAGCGAAGGAGGGAGAGAAAACCAGACUCAGGGCGUAAUCAAACGAAUCACAUCAGUGGCACCGAAAACUUUGCAAACGAGGCUUCAUCCGAGAUGAGGAUGUAUGGAAAUGUUGCUACGACUGAACGAGAGCUGACUGGCAAACAAGUUGGGGCCAAGGUACCGUCGAGAAACAUUCGAUUUUACUCCCAGAUUGGAUCAAUUGGCGUCACCCCGUUCGGUCAGGUUUGGAAAGGAGAGAUUCGAGGUGUACCAGGGAAAGAGAAAAAGAAGAUCGAAGCAGCAAUAAGAGAUUUAUCAGGUGUUAGCGGUAUAAAGAAUAAUCUUCUAGACAUCGUGAAUACCUUAUGGGCUCUCCCUAAACACAUCAAUGUGGUCAAGUGUCUCGGAUGCUGCUUAGAACAGUCGUUCAUCGUGUAUGAAUACAUUCCGUACGGCACGCUGCUGACGUAUCUACAAACCAACGCAGGAAAGACUCGAUCAACGUACAAGGCUUACGUCAAUGUUAGAUCUAUUGUUCGACGGGUCAAGGAACCGGAACUACUUACGUUCGCCUGGCAGAUCGCGAAAGGAAUGGAGUUUCUAGCUUCACAAAAGGUUGUUCAUGGGAACCUGCGAGCAAGCAACGUUCUUUUGUCAGAAAAUAAAACAUGUAAGAUUGCAGACUAUGGUUUGACUAGGAUCUCUUCUCCAAAAAAGACGAUACAUCGAUGGCUUUCACCUGAAGCAAUAUUAACCGGUAGGUGCACUACCGAUAGUGAUGUAUGGUCGUACGGUGUUCUCCUCUGGGAGCUGGUUACCCUCGGCGCUCAGCCCUACCCUGGAGUCAACGAUGAUGAAUUAGAAGACAGGAUCUCUAAGGGAUAUCGGAUGAGGAGACCAAGGCACUGUGGGGAAGAUUUGUUCAAGAUUAUCAGUAAUUGUUGGAAGACGGACACAAAUCAACGAAAUUCGUUCCACGAUAUGCAAACCAAAAUCGGUUGGAUGUUAGAAGGUUCUAAUGAUUACCUGUCCUUGAACAGAAUGAGUGACGAGGAUAUUUACACCGACAUUAUCGAACCGGAAUAAAGGCCACAACUUCAUUUUCAUCCAAUUUCCAUUCCUAAAUUAGAAACACUGAUAUUUUCUAAACAAAGCUCAUUCCAUCGAAAAAACAUUAAUAAGAGCAAAUGUGCACUUGUGAUGUAGUUGUGAUAACAAACUACUACGGCACCUGCAGUCUUUCAAUUCGAAUGUAAAUAUUCAUGCGCAUCAGAGAGUUCGGAGAAUUAUGGUUUGACCUCGAUGAUAAUAAACUAUCAAUAUAUUCAUGAUGCAAUAGAUGAGCUAGUUAUUGCACCACAUCUCACUGUUAUCUCGGGUUAUCUGCUUUUUAAAAAAUCAAUUCGACAUUUAACUAAGACAGGUUAGACAGAGUACAGGAGUUUAUUACUUAGCAGAUACCCAAACAUUCAUUCUUCCAUCAUUAAACUUUGGCAGGCCAUGGACCUACCCUCCUUCCGUCCAUUCACAAACACGAUUAACGCCACACACACACACACCCCUCUCACCCUCACACACUCACAUUUUUGUUCUCUCUUGAUCUCUUUCUCUCUCAUCUUCCUCACUUUGUCUCCCAAACACACUCGUGCAACCAACCUCAUCCACUCACACAUACACACCAUCCCUCUCACGCCCUGACGCACACUUUUUUUGUGGGUGCACCCGCACGUACCCAAAUCUUUCUUUCACACAGACACGUCCACUCCAGCAUCCCGCGCUCACAAGCAUCCCGCACAACCCGACGCCCAUCAUCUCAAAACACCCAACGAAUGAUACUUAUCCGCUCUCUCCCCAGUUCCCCUUUCUUGGAUUAUUCCAGACUUUUUCGCAUUUACUACGGGGAAACUCUCUACAACGCACUAAUUCCUUUGAAAAUACAAGUCACAUCACAAUGGAUAAAAAGUUAGUGGACCAACGGCCUGUUCCAUAAAGAGUUACAACUGUUGUAACUUUGCCCCUAUGACAACCACCAUGGCAACAGGGCUCAGCAGCCAAUCAAAGACAAGUAUACCAUGGUAGUUGCCAUAAUGGCAAGGUUACAACAGUUGCAACUCUUUAUAAAAUGAGCUCCUGAACAGCAUCGGAAUCUCUUCACUCUGGACAACGAAAUGAUGUUCGUCUGGUGCAAAUCGUCGGAUGAUUUGCUGUCCCAGUCCACCAACUUUCGACAAAAGCCUCCCAUCUCUAUUGUGAUUUUGAUUGCAUUUUCAAAGGAAUCGAUGCGUUGUAGAGAGUGUCUCCGUAGUAAAUGCAAAAACUACCUAUUGCCGUUUACAUACACCAUGUACGCAUUAGCCCUUGUUUGUGUUUAUUUCCAUAUAAAGCAAUAAAAUAUACACAUGAUCAAUUAAACAAAAUCGUCAAAUAUCGUAAAAUAAGGAAGAUGGCCCAUUUCAGCGGUAUUAACAGAAUACACUGAAAAAACUCCGGUGUUGAUUUAACACCAGCCCGCAAUGUCCACACCAGAGAAGUGUUAAAGAACUCCAGUAUGGUUUUGGUCUAACACCAGAUAUGUGUUUAUACAACACCAAUUGGUAUUAAAACAGCAUCGGGUUGAUUCCAAACAGGUGUUAUUUUGAUACUUCUCUGGUGUGGACAUAUACAGAUUCCUGGCUUGUGUUAAAUCAACACCGGAGUUUUUGCAGUGUACCAAUGUCCUUCCAUGGGGUCCUGAUGACACACCAGCGUAUUUUAGCUUCCACUUCGCGGACGCUUUCUGCAACGUUGAGAAUCUAUCGAAAUGCCUGUCAAAUCACAAUGGACAGAUUAGAGGUCAUUGUCGAAAGUUGGUGCACCAGGACAGCACAUCGUCUUAAGAUUCGGACCGGACAAAAAAUGUGCAAAUAUGUCGCUUGUCCAGAGUCCAUGACGACACUGCUAGUUUGUCUUUGAUUAACUGAUUUGUUAUUAAGGCCUUUGACAAAAGGAUAAUCCGCGUUAUAGAAAUCGUCUGUGAAGGGAUUCCUAAAAUGCCCUACUGACAUGUAGGGGAAGACACACUCCCGACCUGUGACAACUGCACACGUUAUCUCUUUCACACACAGACACAACCCCACUCACAAACUUGCACAUUCUCACACACUCCCACACACCUUUACACAAGUGCAGACAGACCAACGCAGUCCUCACCACUGAUGUCUUCCCAAAAUUCAAUGCACAUGCGCGGCCGAUGUACGAAACACACUACGCACGCCUCUCUACAGUGUGUCUCAAAAAAAACUAUACACUUUUGAAAUGGCUACCAAACACAAAAUAUGUCACUAUGGGGAAAAAUACCUAUAUAUAUGGAAAGCCAAUAAAGUCAAUUUUCAGAUGAUACCAAAAAGUUGGAAAACUUUUCAUGCUUGAGUGAGCACUACCCACUUAAACAAAGGGUAUGGAAAUUAGGCUGGGCAGGAAUUUGCCUUCCAAUUUCUUUCAGUUUUUGAGAUGCGAGUCCCUUGGAACUUGCAAAAUUGAGGGUGUUCUGAUAAAUCAAUGAUCAAGCAUUUAUCAAUUUAGGUUUUUAGAGCAAAUUUCAAGAAUAAUUAAAUUGAAAUUAAUGCAUGAGAGAACAUGAAAUACAAUUUUUUAGUUUUUUCACGUGGAUCUCAGCAACGUGAUCAUGGAAGGGAUAGGACUUAGGUGGGAGAAGUAGGUGGAUGGGAUAAGGGUCAACAAAUCACUUAACCCCCCUCCCUCUCUCUACCCCUUUCACCCCUCCUGAGAGACAAGCCUUUGCUAGGGGGAGCAGGAAUUAGCCUUCUAGGUUUUUUUUGUAGAGGUGAGUCCUUUGGAACUUGCAAAGUUAAGUGUAGGGUGUUAUGCUAAAAAAAUUACUGACGAAUUGAGAUCAGUUUUGGUUUCUUACGCAAAUUUCAUGAGUUACAAAAUUGAAAUGUAAUACAUGACAGGAAGUGUAAUUUUUAGUUUAUUAUGUGGAUCUUAGCAAGUGUGCUUGUGAGAGUCAGAGUAAUGUGUUUGUACCUCAUACAUGCAAGGGGGUGAGAUAGGGUAAGACUGGGUUAAAGGGGCAUUCUUCUUUGUGUUCUCUUACAAAUUACAUGUCAUGUACUCACCCCCGCUCUCCACCCCCUUUCUUUCUCCUGGAUGGUAUUUAAAACUUAAAUGACAAGUGACUUAUCAUGGUUGAUGGGUCUUUCUUUUCCAUUGAAUGAUUAUUAAGAACUUGACUAAUUAUGGUGAUUUAUGAAAUAAUUUAUUGAAAAAGCUGAAUGUUUGAUUGAUAAUUUAUUGAAAAAGGUGAAUAUUUGCUUGAUCACAUUGAUUGAGUUGAUUUACUAACAAAUUGUUGAUUGAAUGAUUGAUAAGUGAAAGUUGAUGACCUAAUUUUCAGAAAUUAUUAUCAAAUUGACAGUCCACUCUGGACUUAAUGCGUGCAUUAAAUAGCAAUCAGUCUCAAUCUCAACAGGAGGGGGGAAGGGACGGACCUACAGGAAUGAGGCUAAACUUUCUGUUGAUCCUUUCCCAUCAGCUUACUUCACCCACUGAAGUCCUAUCUUACCCCUAUUCUCCUGGCUCCAAUGAACACACUGCUGAGAUCCACAUUGUAAAGUUAAAAUGCUGCACUAAAGAUUGCAAUUCACGCUCACUCAUGGAUGAAAUUUCAAUUUGAUAAUUCAUGAAGUUUGCUCCAACAAUUUAAAUCGAUCAUGAAUGAACAAUUAAUUUAAUUUAAAUCAAUUUAAGUUUGCAAGUUCCAAGGGACUCGCCUCUCAAAAACUGACAGAAAUUAGCUCUAAGAACCUAAAUUAAUAAUGAUUGAUCAUUAAUUUAUCACAACACCCUCAACUUUGCAAGUUCCAGGGGAUUCGCCUCUCAAAAACUGAAAGAAAUUGGAAGGCUAAUUCCUGCCCACCCUAAUUUUCAUACCCUUUGUUUAAGCGGGUAGUGCUCACUCAAGCUUGAAUAGUUUUCCAACUUUUUGGUGUCAUCUGAAAGUUGACUUCAUUGGCUUUCCAUAUAUAUAGGUAUAUUCUCCCAAAAUUACAUAUUUUUUGUUUGGUAGCCCUUUCAAAAGUGUAUAGUUUUUUUUGAGACGCACUGUAUAGCAAUAUUAUUAUUCAUGCACAGAGUUUGAUACAGGAUUAUAAAAUAGGGGGCAAUAAAAAAGAAAGAACAAUGUUUGGGAAAUGGAGGGAGGGGAGGGAGGGGGUAGGGCAAAUAUUAUGCAUGUAUGUCCACUGAGCUAUGUAAUAGAAAUCUAGAUAUUCAUCUUCAAUCUCUUUCCCUAUUUCGCCUUUUGCUUUUAUCUCCAGUACAGUACUAUUUGUUUAUUUUUAAACAUUUAUUUGACAAGAAUCGUGGUGGAAACGUUAAAAAGAAUGGGACUUCUUUAAAGUUCUUCAACGUAUCCCAUGUAUUAGUAUCCUACCAUUAUGCAUGAAAAUGUUUAUUGUACCUUUACCUAUUUAAUAUUUAAACUCUCAUAGUUAGACAAUGAACUAUAUACCGCUUAUCUAUUUCUUUUAAUUGGCUAUGGAAUUGGCCUAUCGUCAAGGAAAUAUUAUUUUUUUCAUUGACAAUUUUGUUUACAGAGAAAGUAUUCAAUGACACUGUUAUGAUUAAGAAAGAACAUCGAAUUCCUCUUACGAUUCAUAUCUAAUACGGCAAUAAAGCUAUAAUUUCUCAUUUAUUUCUAACGAUUGUUAUGUCACUCGGCAAGAAUUAAAUUCGUCAAAAAUAUUUCAUU